UGUCCUCCGCACAAACAAUGACAUCUCCCAAGACUCUAUAUUAGCGUUGACUUAUUUACUUUAUCCUUUGUCAGUACAGUGCUUCGCAGUGCCGUUGUCUUGGGUAUAUCUUGAUAGAGUCCCUUCGGGGUCGGAGCCAGCGCUUCACAUCCUCGGGUCCUGAACCAUCUUUCAUCCAUGGGGCAUGUGAUAGGACGUUCUCGAUUUCUGGGUUCUACCUUGGUAACUUCCUCUUGAUUCAGAUGGCCACCAUUAUUGUUGAAUCAUACUGUCCAGCUUCCAAGUCGGCGCUCCGCUUCCCGAUGACCACGUCUUUUUCCUUCAUUCAUUCCAGUCAAUGGCCGGAACCUACUACUAUCCUAGAUAGUGUCCAUAUUGAUGGAAAAUGUACAAGAUGGCUUGCGCGCAGACAUCAAUAACCUAAGGUUGGACGUAGCAAACAGGGGUCCUAUCAGUGCCAAGCAAGGCCAGUGCGACAGUUAGAAAAGCCUGAAAGUCCAGAACGCCGUUGAUGUGAUGUGCCUUGCCCGGGGCCCUUGUUCUUCGUGAGGGACAACCAGAUCAAGCGGGUCAUCCCGCAUCCCGCCCUCCGCCUCUAGCUUUGACCGAUACAUACGUCACCUCAAUUAACACCUGGCUCUUCCUUUUUCAGAAUCCCGCCAACGCCAGCACUCAAUAGGUUUACUAGCUUUUACAUCUCCCGACAGAUCUAACGCCACGCCACCCUUUAUCUACGCCAAUCUUUCAAGAUAUUAGAGCUUUCAGCUCGUACAACUUACCCCGCUCUCACCCCGGUACACCUCCGCAGCUCGUUUGACCUCAAGAAUUGAAGCUUCGGUGACACACAAAAUGACUACUUCCGACCUGGAUCAGCUCAUUGAGAUGGGAUUUGAUAAGGAGCGGGCCGAGAUCGCAGUGAAAAAAAGUGGCCGCCUGCAAGGAGCCCUUGAAUGGCUUGAGGACAAUCAGGACAAAUCAAUCGAGGAGAUAAAGUCAGCAGGAGCUGAAAAUGCUGGGGAGGAGGAAGAAGGCCCAGCACUCAAACCCGGCGAGGAAGCCCGCAGUUUGGUCUGCAAUGAAUGCGGCAAGAAAUUCCGAAGCCAGGCACAGGCGGAAUUCCACGCUUCCAAAACCGAACAUGUUGACUUCUCUGAAUCGACAGAAGAAAUUGCGCCCUUGACGGAGGAGGACAAGAAGGCUAGACUCCAAGAGCUGAGGGAGAAGCUAGCGGCGAAGCGUGCAGGGCAGUCAGAACAAGACAAGAUCGACAAAAAGCGAAAUGAAGAAAUCCGAAGAAAGGCUACCAAGGAAUCCCAGGAUGCUAAAGAGGAGCUCCAGAGAAAGCAAAUGCUGAAAGAAGCCGCCCAGAAGAAGAAGGAGAAGCAGGACGAGGUCGAAGCCAAGCGCCGUGUUAAGGCCAGAAUCGAAGCGGACAAGGAAGAGCGACGACUUCGGGCGGAGCGUGAGAAGGCUGAGCGUGCCGGACUUGCACCCCCAACUGCACAAGAAUCCGCACCAUCAGCCCCCGCUGCUUCUAAACCGGCGUCCGCAUACACGGAAACUCGUCUUCGGUUCCAGAUUGGGAAGGGGAACAUCCAGAAGACGGUGCCGGUCGAUACCACUCUCUUUGAGGUCGUCGCCGCUCUAAAGCAAGAUGACGGGAUUGAAGUAAACAGCCUCCGCCAGAACUUCCCUCGGAAGGUGUUCAAUUCGGAAUUUUUCGGCGAAUCGCUCAAGGAUCUUGGGCUUGUACCUAGCGCAAGCCUUGUCGUUGAAUAGUUCUAUGCUGAAAGAGCAUUGGUGUUUCUAUCGGUCAUCGAGAGAUUACCUAAUAUAGAAGGUUUCAAACAACAUGAGAAAUGCACGCCAAAGAAUGA